AUGGAGGGAUUCCAUCUUCCUUCAAUUUUUAAUGAAAGAAUUAAACUAGGGAUAAAACAAAAAGACUAUGAAGCUUUUGGAGAACUAUUUAAAGCUUAUAAUAUUCCAAUAUACCCAUGCCAAGAUGAAAUCAUAAAAUAUUACAAUAAAGAAAACUCUGACUUUGUGUUAAAUGAUUCUAUAAAAAAUGGUGGCUUUGGUACAGUUAGCAAACUAACACAUAAAGGUUUUGGCUUUCCAGUAGCAGUUAAACAAAUAGCUUACUCCAGCCAAGAUUUAGAUAUGGGAAUAACGAUUAGAGAUGAAAUUUUAACUUUAAAACAAUUAAAUCAUAAAAACAUAGUUAAAUGUUUUGGACACUAUGAAGAUAAUAAAAAUUUUUUUAUAUUUUUAGAAUAUCAUGAAAAAUCGAUUAAAGAUAGGUAUGAAGAAAAAUCAUUUACAGAAACCGAGUGCAUGCCUAUAGUAAAAAAAUUAUUAAAGGCUUUAAAGUAUCUUCAUUCGGGUAAUAAAAUCGAUAAUAUAAUCCAUAGAGAUUUAAAAGGAGCAAAUAUACUAUUAAACAAUAAAAAUAAACCCAUACUCAUUGAUUUUGGUUUAUCUCAUAAAUAUUCAAAAGUUCAAAAUUCAAAAUUUCUCUCCAGGGACGUUGGCACUGAAGGUUGGCAAGCUCCAGAACUUUUAAAAGUUGAAAGCGAAUGUGGAAGUGCCGUGGAUAUUUGGGGUGUAGGUUGUGUAAUAAUUGAAAUGCUAAAAAGGGGAAGCCCACAUGGAAACCAAAAAGCAGAUUAUAAUAAACCUCCACCAUACCCGGAAAAUAUCAGUGUUAAUUUAAAAAAAUUUCUGGACAGGUGCCUACAAAUAAUUCCAUCUGAAAGAGCUACAAUAGAUGAAUUAUUAAAUCAUACUUGGAUUACAAACAAAGAUGAAGAUUGUAAUGAUAAUAUAUACAAAAAUAAAGAUUGUAAUGAUAUACACAAAGGUGAAGAUUGUAAUGAUAAAAUACACAAAGAUGAAGAUUAUAAUAAUAUAUACACCUAUCCAAAACAAAGGAUAUAA